UGAAAACUUUCUAUAUUUCAUCAAUCCUCUCCAUCGCCGAUUAGCAAAACCCUAACAUCUCAUCAUCUGCAGCUGUCAUGGAGGUUGAAACUCUGAAGGAAAUGGUUUUACAUAACACGGAGUGUUUGGGGGUGAAGCUUGACUCGGAUGUCAGAUUGUUCAUCCGUGAUACGAGGACCUCGAAAGACCAGAUCAAGGCUGUGAUUAGGUGUCUUCGUACUUUUAUCAAAGAUUUUAGCAACAUUGGUGGGUUAGUCUAUGAAGAUGAAAUCGCUGGCUUGACCGGUUCUGCAGAACUGGGAAAAGAUGAGCUGAGGUCAAAUGCUAGACAGCUUUUGAAGUUCUUCAAGAAGGAGACCUUGGAGUCAUUUCUCACUGCUGUCUAUCCCGCAGACAAUGCUCCUUUUGAGGAGGCUAAAGAAGCUCUCACAAUGAUUCGUUCUACUGUGAUGGAUAGUGACAGUGUCAUUGACCGUGUGCUUAAGGAAGGUUAUGAUUGCUUAAGCACCUCUGAGGAAGAGGAUGAGGAUGGAGAUGGAGAUGACGAUGAGGAUGAGGAUAACCAAGAGGAAGAGGAAAGCGAGGAACUAUGAAGAAGAAAUAGUAAAUGAAUAAUCGUAGCUGUUUGUUAUGUUAGACUGUAGUAGCUGUCUGUUGUUUGUUAUGUUAAAAGACUGUUGUUUCAAUCAUAAUUAUCUUGUGGAUUUUA